ACACAUAUUUUUUUUUAGAAGUAACCUUUUGCUCCAAUAACAAAUUAGUACCAAACAUCUCCAUUCAUUAAUGCUUGAAAUAUGAGAAAGAGCAAGUCGUUUCUUUUCGUCAAUCUGGUAAGCAUCAGACGUACACUACCUCUCAUUUUCUUAUUGCGUAAACCCACCUUUUGUAUAUCUCUAAGCACGGCAGCCACCAAUGGUAACAGUUGUUCAAGUGCCAGUUCCGAAAUAGCCUCAGAAAUGAAUAGGGGUGCUGAGAAAAAUGGACUACUCUUAUACUACAAUAUGUUUUCCUUCUAUUCACAAAAAGUUGUUAUGGCUCUUCAUGAAAAAAACCUCCCAUUUGAAACUAAAGAUAUUGAUUUAAACAAUGAGCAACAAUACAAUCCUAAAUUUCUACAAAUUAACCCAAAAGGUGAAGUGCCUGUUCUACAAAACAAUGGAAAAAUUAUAGCAGAUUCUGCUAAAAUUAUAGAUUAUUUAGAGGAUAACUUUAGCAAUGGAGAUACUCCAAGACUAAUGCCAACACACCAAAACCCUGAAGUUAGACAGAAAGUGAUAUAUUUUCGAAAUCUAAUAGAUAAAAUAAAUGGAAAUGUGUUGACAAUGGGAUCUUUCAUUCAUCCUGAGUUUGCUGCUGGGGUUAAGAAAGUCCCUUUUAUUGCACCUGUUCGUAAUGCACUAAUAAAAUGCCUAUUAUUUUUAGAAUCAGACACUAACUUAGCAAAAAAUUUAAGAAAGUAUGCAGAAGAAAAUCCUGAAGCAAGGGAAAUGUUGUUGGAAAAGGCUGAGAAUCAGGAGAAAAAGAGAGAAAAACUGUUAAAAAAAGAAGAGUUUUCAGCCAUAUGCAACCAAACUGAGGAAGUAUUUAACAAAGUAGAAGAAGAAUUGUCUCAAUAUAUUAAUGAUAAGAAAAACUGGUGGCUAUGUUCAGAACUUUUUACAGUAGCUGAUAUAUCCUUAUCAAUUUUGAUGGUGCGCAUAUACCAGAUCGGUAUGGAACCCUACUAUUGGACAAAUGGAAAAAGACCACAUUGUGAACGGUAUUUCAACAGGGUCCAGGAAAGAGACUCCUAUAAAAAAACUGUGCCUUCAGCUUUCAGCCUUAUUAAGAUUUUCUUUAAAGCACAAAUGCCACUUAUUUUGGGGGUCAGUAUUGCAACUGCUAUAGUUAUUAUUAUUGGGGGAUAUUUUGUGGUUAAGAAAAUUGCUAAUAAAUAGUCUUUAAUCGUAUGACAAAGGAUCAGAAAACUAGAAUUGUCUUUUCUACUACAAUCUUGGCUUGGGCUUUGAUAUUUUGUAACUUUUAAUUUUCUUCAUACAAAAAGUAAUAAUGCUUAUCAAUGGUAACUAAAAGGAUUUCGGUCAUAUAACAUGUCCAUCAUCAGGGAUAACAAAUUAAGGGGUUUUGUCAAUUCACCUUAUUGUUCUAGUGCCUCCGACAAGGUUAAAACGAAUAAAAAUUAAAAUAUGAAAAAAAAAACUUUUUUUGUUCUCUGUUUUUGUUUACAAAACAAUAGUUCUAUUAUUAUUUUUGACCUAUUGCUUUAGGUAUGUCGUUUUGAGUUUUUGUAAAUCCAAGUUUUGUCCCAUUCGCAUGUAUUAUGGCAUAUUAAAUAUGCCAUUUUUAUUCAUAUUAUUAUUCUUUUUAACCUUUUUAUCUUGUCUAACUAGAACAUAUAAGAUGAAUUGACAGAACCCCUUAAUUUGUUAUCCCUGAUGGACAUGUUAUAUGUCUGAAACAUGUUGGAUUAAUAGUUUUUAAAUAAAUUAAGUGGAGGAUGACCGACAUACUUUUAGUUAUCCAUUGAUCUAUUAACUCCACUGCAAGAAUGGACUACUUCUUCAAAAAUGCUUAUAUUAAAAUAUUUGUUGACAGGGGCUGUUCAAGAGAUCAACUCAAUAGGAAGGCCAAUUUAUGCAAAUUCUGCUGAAACUUUUGUGGCAUUUAUUUUAAGUAGAUAUUACAUUAUUAGAUAUUAAAUACAGUUUUCCUUAAUUUUUUGACUCACAGGCUUUUGUCUUGUAACACAAGAAUAAUGUGCAGUAGGUAUACCAAACUUUAGUUAGUUAAGAAAUGUUUUAAUGAUUAGGCUCUAUUACUAUCUAAUAAUUAUUCACGUCUAUUGUUAAAUUAGUAAUAAAUAUACUUGUAGAACACUUA